AUGAGGCCCAAUAAUAUACCUCUCUUCCCCACCCUCGCUGUUGAACUUGUUGAACUCAUCGCCGAUCACACAGAAAGUCAGAGCUUACUCGCACUCCGCCUCGUCUGUCGCGACCUCCAGACGAAGACAUUCCAUCACUUCGCUCGCAAAUUCUUCUCUUCGAUCAAAACCGAUUUAUCAGAGGAAAGUCUUGUUCGAAUCAACGCGCUGUCACAAAAUGCAGCCUUGCGACCAUACGUUCACGGGUUGGCAUUCAUGCUUCAGAACGGCGUCGGUCGCGGCCUUAUUUGGGAUCGUCAUCCUUGGGGUCCACUGUCCGCCCCGUUAGAAGUUGAUGAAAUACGCCGUCUGCGAGAUAACUUGGUCAAGUAUCUCACCAACUGUCGCUCGUUCUAUAUUUUUUGCCGAUACCCAGAGGGUCACCCCGACAUGAACCACGUCACCGUCACAGAUGCAGUCGCAGUGUUCUUCGCGCUGGUCGUGGAUGCCCGACUGCCUGUCUCAUCAUUUCACCUCAUCUACGCGAAUAAACAUUCACGGACCUUGAUUAUGGAUAUGCGGCGAAUACCGAAGAUGCUCUACCGACAACCACAGUUUAAGAUCGUUUGGUCAAAUUUGCAGAAACUAUCGCUGGAACAAUAUUUGACGCUGGAUAACUUUGGAUUUCUGCUUGAGCUGGUACUCAGUGCCCCAAACCUCACGACUCUCCUCUUGAAUCUGGGGUCUCAGGAUCUGGCGUGUGAGUUCAUGCACGAGCUCGCCGAAACAGCCGCAUUCCCCAAAUUGCAGGAACUGGCUUUAUUCAGGACUUCUAUCAGAGUUCCAGAUUUGAUGAGAAUCCUCGGUGGGUUGCGAGAGAAUCUUACUGCGCUUACAUUAUACCAUGUGUCCCUCCCGGACAAUAACUGGGCUGCCGUUCUCAAGCAACUAAGUCAAGACUUCACUGCGUUGAAGACAAUCUCGCUUUACUAUUUAUGGGCGACAGAUCCGACAAAGGAAUUACUUUCUUUUCCAGAUAUUCAUAAGUCGCCCACUUUAUCCGACAUGCCAGGCCGAAGUUUGCACACGUUUUAUUCGGAGGACCCGAAAAGCCAUUCUGUUCUUGGAAUCGAGUAUUCCGGUACAAAGAUGUCACAGAUUCUAGGCUUGCUGCAGAACACAGCUCUACCCACUUGA